AAAUAGCUAUAUUCUUCCUCAUAUCUUUCAAAACACUUCUCCCUCUUUCUUUUUUACUUGUAUCCUCCCUUUUGUUUUAUGGUAUUUUCCUUCAGAGGUUUCUCAAAACUUGCUAGCCAGCAGCCAUAUAAAUAUAAAAGAAUAGGAACAUGAAGAUCAUGUUUGGAGCCCACAAAUCUCUACUGCUUCUGCUUAUUUUCAUGGCACUCAUUGUUGGUCAAGCCCUCCCACCUCAUCAUUAUAUUUCUGUCAGUUUUGGCAAGGAAGUUGCACCAAAUGGCAAUGGAGGUCAUAUGUAUAGCAAGGAGGGAGCAAGAGAAGAAGAAGUAGGAACGGAACUAUAUCCGACCGGUUCGAGCUUGCCGGACUGCUCUCAUGCCUGUGGACCUUGCUUUCCAUGCAAGAGGGUGAUGGUGAGCUUCAAAUGCUCCUCAGUUGGAGAGUCUUGCCCUAUUGUUUACAGGUGCAUGUGUAAAGGAAAAUAUUAUCAUGUGCCUUCAGCUUGAUGAAAUAUGCACAUGUAAAUUUAUGACUUGGCAUUAUAAUUAUUAGGUUCACCAGGUUGAUUUAUGGCCUUGAAUUUUGCUGUUAGUUUUGUUUAGGUAAUGCUUGUAUUGUUUCUUCCUUUCUUUUUAUGCCAUUGUUAAGUAA